AGCUGUCAUCUAGACGCUGUUAGCCCCAUCUUUUGACCAUUCAAUAAGCUAAAAGCUAGCAGUUUCAAGGACCUACGAUUGCCCUUUUAGCAUUUAAUUUGACAUUUUAUUAAUUAGUGUUCUUUAGAAUUGUGUUCCGUGUCAUUUUCUAAAAGGUACAACGCUAUAAGCUCCUCACUCUAAUCAAAUACAUCGCUAGUUUAUCGGAAUUAACGAUGAAUAACAGGCCGACGCUAAUGCUAGUCAGUUAGCAUAACUUCGACAACACCACGCAAAUUAUUAUUUAUAUUGCGUCCAGCUGCCAUAAAGUUUUUUAAUCGACAGUCCGUGCUUGCUUGCUAAAACGACUCUUUAACGUUGCGCAGACAUGGCAGCGGACUGGUUGGGUAGUUUGGUGUCAAUUAACUGUGGGCCAACACUGGGAGUCUACCAAGGAGAAGUGGUGUCCGUGGACCAGUCCAGCCAAACCAUCUCCUUAAGGCAACCUUUCAAUAAUGGAGUCAAGUGCCCUGUUCCUGAGGUCACAUUCAGUGCCAUGGACAUAAAAGAACUCAAGAUUUUAGAUAUAAAAAAUGGCAAUGCUAGAAAUGGCUCUUUCGCAACCACCAAGGCAGGGAGUGCCCCAGUCGCAGUCCCAAAGGGUGAUCCCAGGUCAGUGGAGAAAGUCAACUCUCCUCAGCACAGCUCCAAAAGCUACGGGGAACGUCACCUAGACGUCCCUGGCCAGCCAAAAGCAUUUCGUAGAAGACACAACUCCUGGUCAUCUAGUAGUCGAGGGGCGAACCAAGUGACGCCGAAGAAGAACGGGGCAAAGAAUGGUCAGAUGAAGCCCAGAGAUGACGAGUGUUUUGGGGAUGCCGUGGACGACGGGCUGGAUACAGAUUUUGAUUUUGAGGGAAACCUGGCUCUUUUUGACAAAGCAGCGGUUUUCUCAGAAAUCGAUAUAUCCGAGCGCCGUAAUGGUGCGAGGUCACGUGGGACUCCUCAGGAUCAGACUCCCACACGAUACCGUCACGAUGAAAACAUCCUGGAGGCCAAACCCAUUGUGUACAGACAGAUUACCGUACCGCAGCCCGGGGCCAAAGAGUACUGCACCGAUUCUGGUCUGGUUGUUCCCAGUAUACCCUAUGAACUACACCAGCGACUGUUGUCAGUCGCAGAGCGCCAUGGCCUCUCGCUGGAGCGAAGACUUGAGAUGACUGGAGUGUGUGCAAGUCAAAUGGCACUCACAUUGCUCGGUGGGCCCAACAGAUUCACUCCCAAAAAUCUGCACCAGCGUCCCACAGUUGCUCUGCUGUGUGGGCCUCAUGUUCAGGGGGCUCAGGGCAUCAGCUGUGGCCGUCACCUGGCCAAUCAUGAAGUGGAGGUCAUCUUGUUUCUGCCCAAUUUUGUCAAGAUGCUCGACUCCGUCACCAGCGAGCUCACCCUCUUCAACAAAACUGGUGGCCAACAGGUGUCCAGUAUCAAAGACCUCCCAGACAGUCCAGUGGAUCUAAUCAUAAACUGCCUGGACUGCCACGAGAACACAUUCCUGAUGGAUCAGCCAUGGCACCGAGCAGCUGCAGACUGGGCUAACCAGAACCGAGCUCCAGUGCUCAGCUUGGACCCUCCUGGUGGUGGAAAGGCACAGGCAGUCGAGGCCAAGUGGUCCCUCUCUCUCUGCCUCCCCCUUCCCCUGGCUGAAGGGGCUGGCAGGGUUUACCUGUGUGACAUAGGCAUUCCUCGCCAGGUGUUCCAGGAAGUGGGAAUCAAGUACAUUUCUCCUUUUGGCUGCAAAUUUGUCAUCCCCUUGCACUCUGCAUAAUGGGACUAGUUGGUGAGCAAGACACCUCCGUGACCACACACAAGGUUAUGGCGCCUUAAAUUCCAGAGUUUAUCCUUAAUGUUUUGACCUAUUCAACAUGUGAAUGGGACCAGUGUUCUCAGCAUUAGUUCUAUGGGUGGGAUAGUAAAGAGCUUUAUUAAAAAAGUAAAUGUCAAUCAUCAAAAGUGUCAACCAUCAUGUAUUCACAUGAUACGAAAUUAUAUUUGUACGAUUUCUUUGAAACUACAGCUUAAGUGGCAAAAAUAGUGUUCAGUAGUUUUAGAUCAAAAGUAAAGACAUAACAUCAAAACAUUUCUGAAUUGCACUUGAAUUUAACGUCAUUCCAAUACCAUCCGGUGAAAUGGAUGUUGUUACAUAAAUCUUGAUGAGACGAUAGAAAUCCACCUUACAUUGGAUGUACCUUUGCUAAUGGUUUGUUUUAAAUCCAGCCAGGUAGAAGGCGCUCUGUAACUGUCGCUUGAUAUUUUGGGAUAGAAAAUCCAUUGAACAAAAUGUGGAUGGUUUGUCAUGAGUCAUUUUGAAAUUUCAAUCUAAGCCAGGGUUUAAAGGAGCUGCUUCUGCAGAGGAUCCACAUAGCAGCAGUUUCAUUAUUUCAUAAAUUAGUUGUUCAUGAUAAGGGCUUUGAUUGGAUGACGCAGCAGGCAGAACCCCCCCGAUACGCAAUUUAGCCUUUUAGAUGCUAAAUGUGAUGAUAUAGAGCUUAAGUUAUGUGCCAAUGCAAUCCGUUCAGAAUCAGUCUACAGCCGUUAGUUAUGAGGUUACAUUUCUGUUGCUUUUUUAAAAGACUUGUUUUGUGAACACAAGAAAAACUACAGAUCCUGUGUAAAAAAAGAAAUACAAGUUUGGCUGUCUACAUUUGGUUUAGUGCUAAAAAAUGAAUACUGAGCAGAUAAUAAGUUUUUUAAACCGACUUGUUGAAACCUGCGAGGCGAGCCACGCGACUCACUGACUGUUCAGGAAGAUCUUUAGUUGUUUGAUUAGUAAUGAAUGCCAACGAAAGGUUUCCUCUGGAACAUACUUCUGUUUCCCUUUUGCUCUCCAUUGUUUUAAAGGACCAUACCUGUGCGUUUGCAAGUUUGCUUCCUGAAUUACAAAUAUUGGUUUGUAUUUUAUAUUUUUUCAUAUUUUUCUAUUACCCCUGUGUAGAAUAAAAAAACAACAAGACAGUAGCUACAUUAUUUGCAGAUUUAAAAAGUACCGCCUUACACUGCACUAACACAGGAAUGUAUAUGUGGCUUUUUCUAUAAUGGACUAUUUUAGGUGAAUUCAAAAAUGGAGGACAGCGGAUGCCUGGAAGACAUGAAUCUCUUGGUAUAAAAUGCAGUAUAAUGGUUGUGAUGUUAAAAGGAAGUGAUUUGUAAAAACAUGGAGGUAUGGUCUUUUUAAAGUUACAAUCUUACAGGUAUUUCGCACUUAAUAUUAGCGUUUGUAGUUUUCUAAAAUUGUAAUGCGCUAUAUUUGGAAUGUGAAUGUGUUUCUGGGCAAAGCGGCUUGAUCCAACCUCACAAUGAUCAAGAUUCUACUAACUGUUGAGCUCCCUUUGAACCAGAUGUAUUUUUUUUUUAGGCCUAAACAGUUAUUUCAUGUAUUCCCCGUCUUGAUAAAAGAGGAAGGCUGUUUGUGUACUUAACCACUGGUGGUAUUUCUAACGUGUAGACUGUGAAAUCUAAUUCAUCAGAGCUGCUCGACGUGUGCUGCCUCCAGUCCUCGACUGACGUGAUGUUUUAAAGUCCAGCCGAUUGUUUACAUCAACAUGCUGAUCUCUCAUUGUUUUUUUUCUGUCUAAAUUCACUUGCGGAGGGCUUUGAUACACUAGUUCAGGUAGAAUGACAUCUGUGCACAAAGGGUUUGCCCUUUUUCAACAUUCCUUCGUCUCCUCUGUUGAGACAAGUCUACUCUGGAGACAUCAGCCGGGGGACUGGAG